CCUCUCCCUUUCGUUCCACAAAUAUGUCGUCUUACUUUUCCUGUGACGCUGUCAUUUGAAAACUUUGAUAACACAUCGCACAGCUUGAUUGCGUGAAAAUAGAAUUGUGUCAGCGCGUAACAGUUCUUCAACUGCGCCAAAUCAAUGACAAUAAGUCCAUCAGCGACGGCGGCCGCGGCCGAGGAACCACCGCCACGAAUUCGUUGCUUUUUCGAUGUCAGUCUGGGCGGCUUGAAUGCCGGUCGAAUAGUUUUCGAGCUCUAUCCGGACGUAGCACCAAAGACCGUCGAGAAUUUCCGAUGUUUGUGCACAGGCGAGAAGGGAAUCGGCGCGACCACGGAGAAACCCUUGCAUUACAAAAAUGUGAUUUUCCAUCGCGUCGUGAAGGAUUUCAUGAUACAGGGAGGCGACUUUUCCGCAGGCAAUGGUACCGGGGGUGAAUCGAUUUAUGGCGGAACGUUUGAAGAUGAAAGCUUCGUACUCAAACAUGAGAAACCGUUCCUGCUGUCGAUGGCGAACCGCGGGAAGAACACCAACGGCUCCCAGUUUUUUAUUACUACACAACCUGCACCUCACCUUGACAAUGUUCAUGUUGUUUUCGGGAGUGUCGUAUCUGGUCAUGAUUUAGUACGACAGCUGGAACAAUUGCCAGUCGAUCGUAACUCGCGUCCUUUGCAAGAUGCUGUUAUCACCAAUUGCGGGGAACUUAUCAGACAGGUGAAAGCAAAAAAAGAAAAGAAAAAGAAACGUGCGGCAUCCGAGGACGCGAGUUCUGAUGAUGAGGAGACGGAAAGGAAGCGCAAGAAGGAAAAGAAGAAGAAAAAGGAUAAGAAAAAGUCCAAGGAAGACUCACCACACAGGCAUGAGAAAGAAGAGAAACCUACUGAAAACGAAGAGGAUUUGGAGGACGGUGAGUUACACCCGAUUGUAUCGGUUACGAAAAUCGAUCCAAAUGAGAUUCCAGAGGUUUCCAACAAAUUUCUCAUGCGAACUGAUAAGGAGGAGGCUAAAGUUGAUGACAAAGACAUCAAGAAAAAAGAUAGACGUCGUGACCGCGAUCGAGACAGGGAAGGAUCCCGAGAUCGCGGCAGGCGUGAAUCCAACCGUGGCUUUGGGUGGUCUAAAAGGCGUGUCCCUAUUUCGCGAAGCGGCCGAAAUAUGAAGGGCCGUGGUUUAUUCCGCUAUCGGACACCAUCGCGAAGUCGAUCUCGCAGCUUUACACCGCCCCACUGGCGGCAAGCUCAGAAAAGAACAAUCAAGCUCUCAGACCUAGAAAAGAUCGAGGACGAAAAGCGUUUGCGUGAAGAGGAAAUAAAGCGGCGUGAAAUAGAGCGAAAGAAACGCCACGAAGAACUAGCGCGCGACUCGAAAAAGUCAUUCUUUGAACUCUCCCAGGAAAAUAGUUACUCAACGAAAGACAUAAAGUCACAGUCGGACGAAAAACGAAGUGUGUCCGUGGAAAAAAUGGACAGUUCUCGUGAUGAGGCUGAGCCAAACUCUCCUUGUAAUACUUCAAAGAAGUUGAACGAAUCUGUAGAUAUGAAUGCAUUAGACUAUGAGGACCAAGCAGGAAGUGAGAAUGAGGAAAAAGAUGCAAAUCCGACUGAAAGAAAACACUUAGAAUCUGUAACGAUUGACCCGGACAAUAAUUUGCCUGAGAAGGAGAAAUCGGUGGAAAGACAAAGGAAGAAGUCGCGAACUGAUGAACCGGAAAAGCCCAAGUCGGACCGAAAGGACGAAACUCGACGUCGUUCGCAUUCUCGGGACCGUUCAGUCGACAAUCGAGCCCGGCGCUCUCGAUCUAGAGAUCGUCGCGAUCGUUAUAUGUACCGUCGUCCGGCCAUGCGAUCACCUCGUCGUCGAAACUUUGGCAAUCGCGGUAAUUAUCGUUUCGGAGAUCGCCGUCGGUUCCGAUCUCGUUCAUUUGAACGUUCUCGAAUACGUCGCUCGCCAGAACGACGUCGUUCACGUGAUCGCGACCGUGAGCGUCGUCGUCGAAGUCGCUCUCGCUCAUCUCGUGAUCGUGAUCGUAAACGCAGAUCAACUCGAUCUCGUACUCCCUCACGAAAACGCAAACAUGACGAUUCGCCAUCCAAACAGCGAUCCCGCACUCGAUCUCGUUCGCGUUCAAAAUCAAAGGCGUCGGAUCAAAAGCCUCAGGAUCGUCCUGCUGAAACGGAAGUCCAAUCAUCGCCUACAAAACAGACCCCGGAAAGCGAAAAGGAACGAAUUGCUCGAGAGAAGAUGAUGAAGCGAGCGGAAGCGCUACAAUUACUAAAAGACCAUAUGCGCAAGGAAAUUGCAAAAGAAGAGGAGAAGCGAGCGGAGAAGAAACGCCUUGAGGAGAAGGAAAAGGAAGAAGCAGCCAAAGAAUUGGAGAAAUUAGAAAAACUAAAACGUGAAACUUUGCAGAAGUUGGAGGAAAACGAGAAACAGCCAUCGCGAUCGCGUGCAGCAUCGCCCGCCUCGGAUUCCGGCCAGAGUGCCCAUGGUGACGAUAGUGGGAAAUCGUCACGCAAGCGGAAACGAUCCGACAGACAGAAGAAGAGUAAAAAACGUUCACGAUCGUCAUCCCGUUCAUCUUCAUCACGGUCCGCAGCAGAUUGAUUAAAUGAAAUCCACUUCUAUGCGAAUACUGCCUAAUCGCAGAAGCUAUCAACGAUCCCGAUUGACGAGACUUUUUUACGGUAACACACAUACACAUGAAAUGAAAGACUUAGGCGUAUAAUUUAGUGGGAAAAAAAGUUCUAUUUUGAAUACUGUGUCUCGCGCAAUCUCCUUUGGUCCUGCUAUGGAUCGUGCUCCUUUUUUUAUUGUGGAUGUUUUGUAAACCGAUUCUGGCGUAAUUAUUCUGCAUAGUACUUUAAUUAGAUUGUAUAUUCUGAGUUCCAAUAUUCAUUCUGUUGUAAAAACCCGAAAUACAUGUGUUUAGAGAAUAUAAUUAUUAACGGAA